AUGGAUACGGAGAAGAAACCAAACCGAGGCUUGACUUCCGCUGCGGCCUCGCAGACAUCACAUCUAGAAAAGAGUCUCGCUCUCGCCCUGUCACGGCGUCGACAAGCCUCAACGCUUCGCAACCUGACUCUUCCUGCUGCCAAUGCCAUCGACUUCAGCUCUAACGAUUUCCUCUCAUUGUCAAACUCUUCUGCUCUCCGGGACCUGUAUCUUCGCGAACUAGCUGCACGUCCAGACUUCCCUCUCGGUAGUGGCGGCUCACGAUUACUUGAUGGCAACAGCAAAUACGCUGAAACAUUGGAGAAGGAUAUCGCAGCUUUCCAUGGUGCAGAAGAUGGCUUACUGUGCAAUUCUGGUUUCGAUGCCAACGCGGGCUUGUUCUCCGUUCUACCACAACCUGGAGAUAUAGUGGUGUACGACAGCUACAUCCACGCAAGUGUGCACGAUGGCAUGAGAGCGAGUCGUGCUGGGGCGAACUUUGCUUUCAUACACAAUUCUGUCGAGGAUUUGCGAGCGGUGCUAAAGAGGUGCAUCAGUUCUGAUGAAAAGUUCAGAUCUGGUCGACGUAGCAUUUUUAUUGCCGUCGAGGCGAUUUACAGCAUGGAUGGCGACGUCGCACCUUUAAAGGAGAUCGUUGAGGCAGUGGAUGAUUUACUACCUAAUGGCAAUGGACAUAUCAUCGUGGAUGAGGCACACUCCACAGGCGUUCUAGGUCCACAAGGAAGAGGAUUGGUCUCGGCGCUUGGACUAGAGGACAAAAUCACUAUUCGUUUGCAUACAUUUGGCAAGGCGAUGGCUUGUAACGGUGGUAAGACCUUCUUGUCAACUUUGACCAGAUUGAUUUCAUCUCUAAUUANNGCGGUCACAGCCAUAAUACUUUGCAGUCCGACGAUCAAGCAUUACCUGAUCAACUACGCACGACCACUAAUCUACACAACCUUUNUGUCCUUCCCAGCGCUCGCAGCUAUCAGAGUUGCCUACACAUUCCUGUGGAAGGACAAAAGUACUGCACUUGCUACACAUCUCUUCGACCUGAUUGGCCUUUUGCACGAAAGGUUGUUCGCUCUCACUUCAAGCUUACCACAACAUCAACGCCACCUUCUUCAGGUUCUUGAAGAGUGUCCACCCUCGCCCAUAUUUUCGGUGCUCAGUUCGGACCCUCGUGGUCUAGCCAGAUUUUGUCAGGAAAGAAAUUAUGUGGUCAGGCCUAUUGUACCACCAACUGUGCCGCUGGGCUCCGAACGAAUUCGCGUGUGCUUACAUGCUGGUAACACGAGGGCAGAAGUCGAGGCGCUGGUAGCAAGGAUUACGGCAUGGGUGGAACAGAAGACAACGCUUACACUAGCCAAGUUGUAG